AGUGUUUCCAAAUAACUUUACCUCUAUAAAGGAGCAGAUCAGGAAGCUUAAUACUCAGAUGACAACCCUUUCAAGAAGUACAUGGAAUGUAUAGAAGAGUCAUUAGACUCAUGAAAAAAACAGGUCCAGUCCAAAGACUAUUUCUAACUAGCUACUAAGGUAUCUAAACCUACGCCAUAUAGCUGUUUUUAUCUACUGGUACUUCUUGCUUUAUUUGCAUUGUGUGGCCAAAUGCUGGAAUGUCGCAAUAUGGAUCUUGCCAUCUUUAAUGAACCAACCUCUCAGAAGGAUACCCAGUAUGUGCAGCUGGUGUAAAAAAUUCCAUAAAACAUUCAGUUCUGCCACAGUAACAGAGGACAAGUAUAAUGGAGUCACUGUAGAUCUCAGUUCAUCACAGUCCCUCAACUCAGAAGAUUUCAAACACAUACUGUCAGAUUCACUCCAGAAAUGGAGAAGGGAGGGUAAAACAGCUGUCUGGAUCAGGGUCCCAAUCCUAUUGAGUCACCUGAUUCCAGAUGCAGCCAAUCAGGGAUUUCAAUUCCACCAUGCUGAGUAUGGGCAGUCCCUCCUGAAGCUGUGGUUGGAUGAGAGCAAGGAGGACCUGACCCCCCAGUUUGCUACACAUCAAGUGGGCGUCUCAGGAAUGGUAAUUCGUGAGGACACGGGACAGGUGCUUGCUGUACAGGACAGAAAUAGCCGGUUUAAUCUUUGGAAAUUCCCGGGGGGUCUAUCAAAUCUGGAGGAAGAUAUCUGUGAUACAGCCGUGCGUGAAGUUUUUGAAGAAACAGGUAUUGAAGCAGAAUUUCAGUCGGUCCUUGCUCUGAGGCAACAACAUAGACAACCUGGAGCUUUCGGAAGGUCAGACAUUUUCAUUAUAUGUCGCCUUCGACCUUUAACCUUUGACCUCAAGCCUUGCUCACGUGAAAUAAAAGCAUGUCAAUGGAUGCACAUCGCAGACAUGCAGAAAUUGAGCAAUUUCUCUGACUUUACAAACAGAUUGACCAGCAUGGCGAUUUACGGCGUCGAACAUGGAUUUCAGGAUCUGGACAUUACGUACGAAGAGAUGAAGUCGGUGUACAAAGGACUCCGCUACAAACUUUACCACCGCCCUAUACCAGCAAACAGACGAACUGACUAAGCCGUUUAAACUCGUGGUUGACUGGGAUGUCAUUUAUGUUGUGCAUGCUCUUUUUAAAGUUUUAAUAUACACGAGAACGUUCUUUGUAACAGGCUAUAGGUUUUAUAUUUAAAUAAAAUUGUUUAUUCACUA